AUGGCACGCCAAUUCUUCGUGGGCGGUAACUUCAAGAUGAACGGCGACAUCACAACCAUCAAAGAAAUCGUCUCCCACCUCAACUCCGCCAAAGUCGACCCAAACACCGAAGUCGUCAUCUCCCCACCCGCCCUCUACCUGCUCCUAACCCGCGAGCACCUCCGCUCGGGCAUCGAAGUCGCCGCCCAAAACGUCUUCGACAAGCCCAACGGCGCCUUCACCGGUGAGAUUUCCGUCUCGCAGCUCAAGGGCUCCAACAUCACCUGGACGCUCAUCGGGCACUCGGAGCGUCGCGUCAUCUUGCAAGAGAGCGACGCUUUCAUCGCUUCUAAGACGAAGACAGCGAUUGAUGGCGGAUUGGGUGUCAUUCUCUGUGUUGGUGAGACGUUGGAGCAGAGGGAGGGGAACAAGACGAAGGAGGUUGUGCUCUCGCAGCUCAGCGCUGUGGCCAAGGAGGUGAAGGAUUGGAGUAAGGUCGUCGUGGCGUAUGAGCCUGUGUGGGCGAUCGGAACCGGCAAGGUCGCGACGACUGAGCAGGCGCAGGAGGUGCACAAGGACAUCCGGGAGUGGAUUGCGAAGGAUCUGGGUAAGGAGGCAGCGGAGAAGACGAGGAUUAUCUAUGGUGGAAGUGUCAGUGAGAAGAACUGCAAGCAGCUGGCGAAGGAAGCUGAUAUUGAUGGGUUCCUUGUUGGUGGUGCUAGCUUGAAGCCGGCGUUUGUGGAUAUUAUCAAUGCGAAGCAGUGA